AUGCAUCUCACCACCAAAACCCUCCUCUCCCUCCUCCCCCUCCUCCCCCUAACCACCGCCACUGGCUCCGCCAUCGUGCAAAACAACUGCACCUCCCCGAUCUACCUCUGGUCCGUGGGCGGCUCCGUCAGCAGCAUGCAAACCAUCGACCCGGGCUCCAGCUACAGCGAGACCUUCUACUACGAUACGACCUCUGGUGGUGUUGCUUUGAAGAUCACCACCACAGAGAACGGUCUGUACAGCGGCGCUCCGCAGACGGAUUACGCCUACACUUUGGAUACGUCCUCCGGUAACGUGUUUUAUGAUAUCUCGGAUGUCUAUGGCGAUCCGUUCUCGGGUAGUGUGGUUAGUCUCGUCUCGAGUGAUGCUAGCUGCCCGAGUAUUUGUUGGGCUGGGGGUGUGCCCCCUGCUGGAAGUGUUGUGAGGAGUUGUCAGGAUGAGGCGGAUGAGGUCUUGACGGUUUGUGCGGAUAGUUGUUAG